AUCAGAAAAUUAUACAACUAAUACUUGAAAAAGUAUAGAUUGCGUCAAGCAUAGUCACUGCAGCUCUCCCAGCCUACAUCAACAAAACAUCUAUAGAGAAUUAUUUAAACCAGUCUUAGCAUUAAAAUUUCGAAGACAGGCAAGGCAGUGUUAAAAAAUUCUUUCUGUGGUAGCCGAAUAUAAUGAGCAUGUUGUGCUGCCGCGAAUAAUAUUUUUUUUUCUUGAUUGAAAUUUCAAAUACAUCUAGUUGAAUAUGUAACAGCAUAGUUGAAAUUUCAGUGACACGUGUAGAUGAUUUUUUAUUCACAAGUAGUUGAACUUUCAACAACCGUAACUAUAUAAACCUUCAAUCACAUGUGGUUCAAAAUGGAACCAGAUGUUUCCAACAGUGACGUAUGAGCCAUCAUCAUCAUCACAAGUGUGGAACUUUUAAUACAUCCAUAAGUUUUUGUGAACAUUUUUGAUUUAAAAUAAAUAUACAAAUAAAAGGGUAUGGUGUGGUCUUCAGGAGCCUUACCGAAAAUAAUAUUGGACAUGACUCUCAAGUGUUGAGCCGUUCCGCAUAAGUGGGUCAGUUGAAGAGAGCCGGUGCGAGAGAAGUAAAAAACCGUAAGGAAAGAGACAGCAGGCAAGAAACAGGUGCACUCGAAAUGAGGAUAGAAAAGAAGGAAGAGUAAAGAAUUCAUUUAAAGUGGAAAAUAAAAACGAAGUCAGAUGGGGACGGAAAUAAUGAGAUAGUAGGUAAAAAAUGGUGAACGGGAGUGAGUGGAUUCAUGUUUUCUUCUGGUAGCCGUUGGUGUUCGGGUUGACGCAGUUACUUGAAUGCAAGAUGGCGGCGGUCAGCUAGAUCUGCUAGUUUGUACCGGUAUAUCGUCGGCGACACCCUCUCUGGAGAAAGGUGGCACUGGACUUGACAUUACGAGGCACGGAUCAAACCCUGAGUGUUAGAAUAUUUGUGUUCUGUGUCCAUUUGCAUGUGAAUCGGUAAGCAGAUGAAACUGGCGCAAAUGGCGGGACCAAUGGGAUCAAUUUUACUCCUCGCACUAACGACUUUGAGAGUCGCUUGCGUGCUGUCUAUACAAAAUGAUCCAACUCGUUCGAAAUCCUCCCAAGAGAACAUGGUCUUCAGUGCGAGUGCAUUUUCUGGUCCUAAAAGGACUUACGGUGCCUUGGAACACGAAGCCUCUUUAAGUCUCCAAAGAACACUUCCGGCUCUCCAAUUAGAGAGUUCAAAAAGUGCGAGUGAUUAUGAUAGGAAAGAGCCUCUUUAUAUAGAGAAGACUUUUAAUGCCCAUGAACCAAUCGACGUUCUAACAUCCUCAAAAAAUAUAAAUCAAAUCGACGGGAACAACCUUGAAGUGAAACCCGGAGAAUAUUAUUCGAUUCUAGUUUCAAAUGAAAGCGAUAUCAUGUCGGGGGAAGAAUUAAGGGCUUCGCAGAAUGAAGAUCUUUUGUCGGAGCCCGAAAUACUGACUGGAAUCAGGUACCAACGAGUACAGAAUUUGCAGGCAAUAGACAGACAGGCUCGUCUAGAGAUACCCAGGAUCUAUAGUGAUCAUGCUCCUCCACCUGUACUUCAGACUGUCGGCUCAGGGCAGAGGCAAGCGAAUCCCGAUAUUCAGGACAUCAUUACUGGCAUAGUGAAGCUUCUCAAUGGAAAAGUGAAUGUUGCCGUUAACACAGUGAAACCCAUACGACCUACUAGAAUAAAUAACAGAGGGCCGCCAAGAAUCUCAGACAUGGCGCCAUUGCCCCCAGAUUUCGACAAUUUAGCCAUGUCUUCGCCACCUCAACUGGAUAGGCUAGAUCAUCCUUAUCCCGUUGAAACAUCACUCACAUCCAGUUCUUCAUCGUCAAAUAAGAUGCCACCAGAUUUCCCAGUUAGACCCAUUAUAACUGGAGUUUCUCCAUCUGAAUCUAUCGUUUCUCAGGAGCGACCAUGGCAACAAACUUAUAAUAGACAUAGUAAUAAUCAUCGCCCUAUUCCACCUUACAAACCUUUACCAACCGAACUUUUGUACCACAAAAGGCGACCAGAAGACAAUCCAGACAAGCCUUUAGAUCUUCAAGUUCAAGAAUCAAUGUCAGAACAUAAUUCGGGUAAAAAGGUUGAUCAUGAGGAAAAUAAAUCAGAAAAUCCGAAAAAAUCAGAGAAGAGCUCUCAGAAAAAUGAAUCCUUUAUCAAACUAAAAGAUUUUCAAAAUGAAAACGAAACCGAAUUCAGAAUAAAUGGAGAAAUUACAACAAAGAAAUAUCAGUCGUCAGUACAAAUAGACAAGACUCAAAAUUCGUUGUCCCUUAACAAUUCUCAGUUGAUUUCAGUUCCAAAUAAAUCAUCUUACGGUAUAGAUCCCGACACAAUCCUCCCAAAGCCUGUUAUACCUUUGGAGUCAGGAUCUUCUGCAGUUUUGGAGUCAGAAGGUACUUCACAAAGUGAUAACUGUAAAGAUAGCGAUGUGUUUCCCUCAAUUACUACAGAAACUACUUCAGAAACAGUUUUUAAGACGACUUUGAAUAUAGAAACAAGUUCUUCAGUACAGCUAAUCGAAAAUGCGCAUACUUUAACUAAUGUGCAUUCCACUGCUGCUUCUGCGGAGAAAAAUAAUAAGCACUUGACGGCAAGCACACUACUUUUAGAUCUGGAUCCGAGUAAAGCUGUAGAAGAGGAUGUGGAAAUUAAAUCAAGCUUCUCGACACCAACGGUUGGGUUAACAAGUUUCGUUAGAACAACGGAAUCCUCUUUGAAGACUUACACUCAUCCAGUUCAUUCUACUUCACCAACCUUUACUUAUCCAAAAACUCCAGUUGGCGCAGAUCAUUAUCAUCCUCGUCCUGGAAUAGUUCUCGAUGAUACCGUUGAUUACAAAGGCACGCACAGACCUUUCGGACCAUCGAGAUAUGCUCAAAAUCACGAAACAUUUGAUGUCGUCGUUUCCGCUGUUCAAGGUCCUGGUGGCAGCUCAGGAGACCCUGUUAAGAUCCCCAUCAAUGUUGGUGGCAAUACUGACGUAAUUUUAACGUCGGCACUUGAAGGUCAAGGAUUCGUUAGUAUCGAUGGAAAAAGAACAUACCUGAACUUGUUUGAAACUGCAGACCAAAGUGUUGGACCAACUAAGACACAAUUCCAAUCAAUUAGAACACAAGCACCGCCAGUUUUAGGAUCUGGUUCAGCAGCAUCACCUCGGCCAAGUGUUCCAGUCAAAAGACCGAACUUCCAUCGCAGACCAACACAACCUCCAGUUAGAAUAGACACUUGCAUUGUUGGCGAUUCAAGUACAUGCGAUGCUAGUCAACAUGAAGCAUGUGCUACCGUUCACGGCGUUUCUGCUUGCCACUGCAAGCCUGGAUUCGCGAGGCUGCAACAUUCACUACCAUGUAAAAAAAUUAUUAGCAUCGUAUUGUCGAUCAGAGUCGACAAAAUUUACGAUACGAAAGUCGUCUGGAACAGAGAACUUACGAACAAAGAAUCCGAAGCUUACCAAGUUCUUGCGUAUGAGGCUAAUAAAGCCAUCGAAUCUGCAAUGUCGAUGACACCCUUCUCUGAUGAGUAUGUGGUAUCUUCAAUAAUUAAUAUUUACCAAGGAGAUGUAAGUCAAGGCCAAGGUGGCGUUUUUGUAAACGCCACACUGCAGCUUGUUCACGAGCCAAGAACAACAAAAGCGAGUCUCGCUGCAGAACUUCAGCGGCACCUUCUUGGAGUUAUUCAUCGAAGAAAUAAUAACAUCGGGAAUAGCGCCCUCUAUGUCGAAAGUCCAGCUGGGUCAAUAUCAAAUUUACAAGACUUAGAUGAGUGUACCUCUUCUGAGCUGAACGAUUGUCAUUCAUCAGCUGUGUGUACAAAUACUUGGGGUAGUUUUGCGUGUAGCUGUAAUUCAGGAUAUAAGGAUCCACACAAAAAGGAUCCCGGCGAUGCUGGACGAAUAUGUUUAUCUUGCCCAUCAACGCAUUGCAAUAACAGAGGUACCUGUUCUUAUCAAGCAGACCAAGCACAAUGUUUAUGUACUGGAAAUUAUUACGGUGCUCAAUGCGAAGUCGAUGGAGAAGUACUUGGGGUUGCAAUUGGUGCUUCGGUUGCAGCUUUAAUCAUCAUAGUUCUGACUCUAGUGUGUCUUGUAAUGUGGAGUCGACGGUGGUCUCGUGAGCAGAAGGCUUUGGGAUCUCCAGUUUACGGAUACAUACAAGGAGGAAUUCCUGGAACAUUAGCAACAGCAUUGGCGCAGGUGGGUUCUGUUGGCACCUUGGCGCCUGUUAAACCAGGACCACCUACAAAUUUGCCUCCCUACUUAUGGGGUCACAUAUCAGCCGUGACCGAUCAUGUGACAUCGGCUAAUUUAUAUGCGGCAGAACCAAUGGGACCAACGAGGCCAAGUUCGGCUGUUUUCGGUUAUCCGACAUUAAGUGUUCAUGGAACGUUACCACCUGUCCCGCUGCCUCGUCUUCAAGCUCCUCCACGAUCCAGGCACAGGCAUUAUCCUGAGCCUGAUAGUUCUGAUUCCGAACUUCAGGACAAAGAUAGAGCGGAUUUGAUUCCUCAGCAUAAUGGAUUUCAUGUGCCUAGGCCAAAAUCUAGAUCUUCAGUAGCUAAUCAAAGUGGAAUAUACUAUGAUGUGGAGUAUGACCAGGGAGAUGCAAACCACCUGUCAAAAAAUCACAUUCCAAUGUCGACCUAUAGUAUGGCAAGGCCGUACUAUAGAACUUGAAACUCAGGAAAUCAAAGUAGACCAAGUUGAUUCUCAAAUGUUUAUGUAAAGAUGUACUUUUUCCGAAUGUCUAAAAAAUAAAAAAUCAGGUGCUAUAAUAAAACAUAAUCGUACAAAAGAAUCCUGUGUUUAAAAAAAGAAGAAUUCGACAUGCACUGUUUUUUCCACUGAA